CUUCCACCGUUUCUAAACAAACAUUGAUCAAACUGCGAAUCACAAGCAGUCCGACUCUUUCUCGUAUUCAUAUCCAUUAAAAAAGUGUGAGUUAUUUAUUGAAGUUUUAAACAUUAUUCAUACAUAUUUUUUCUUUCUGAAUAAUGAAUAACAUGCGAAAGAUUUUAAUAAAAAAGAUUCUACAUGAAUGUAAUAGUAAUAAAAUACAUGUGACCCACGACAUAGUUUCCUUCUUGCUAUCGCUGACACAAUUAAAUCCAGCUUAUCAACUGAUCGACGAUGACGAGAUAAGUCAUAAGAAAUUAAUCGAAGUAAUAAAAGAAAAAUUGCAAGAUCAAAGUAGACCAAGUUUAACGACGUUAAAGAAUCAAUUAUAUUAUGCUAAACAUUAUCGUGAAAGAGGUCACUAUGUUUAUCCAAUUAUAUUUUCUUACAUUCACCAAGUAUAUAUUACUAUAUUAACAAUUUUAAUCGAAGAAUUUUAUGUAGAUGAGAUAAUCAAAAAACAUAGGAUAAGUCUUCAUCGUAAAACGACGCCAUUGGUUACUGAAAUUUGUGAAACGGAUAAAAUUGAGAAUGAUCAAGAAGUAGAGAAACUCUAUCAGAAAAUAAUCAUAGUUAUUACUCUUUUAAGUGGACUUGGUAAUCCUGCAGUAACAAACACUUUACGAGAAGUAACUGCAACGUUGCAAAGUGUAUUUCAACCAUCCGAAUUAUUAAAUUAUGUAAAACUUCCUAUGCGCGAAAAGGAGGAACAACUUAUGGAAUUGAUGUGUAUUGUUGCCGGCAUACGUUUAUUUAAUCGCGAUUGCGAACGUGGCGGAAAAGAGAUCGAUGAUCUUCCGAGUAUUUUACAAGAUGCUGUUAAAAAAACAUACGAUGAUAUCCUUGAAUUAUUAGAACGAUUAAUGACGAAAGUUUAUGAAUUUACUGCAACAGUAGAAAAUAUCAUUUCUUUCGUUUUGGUCGACGAAGAUUACAGCGACGACAUUUGUUACUCGACUAUAAACAAAAUAAUUUUACCUGAAAAUAUCAAAGAAGAUAAUUACGAACGAGUUAUUGAAAUUUUAACGGCGUCACGCCAACAAGAGAUAUAUAUCAGAAAAUUACUUUCCGAUGUGGAACACAGUGGUAAUAUUAUAAAAAGUUUAAUAGAACGUCUUCGACAACGUUUGAUAAGACUUCAUGAAACGAUGCGUUAUAGGACAGCCAUUCCAACGACUCAAGUCUAUCCACAGUUCAUCGACCUAGCAGAUAUAUGGAUGGGAUUGCAGGAUGAAGUGAUAAUAUUAAGUAAUAUUAAUAAUUUCCUUUGGGAGAUACAUAAUUUAAAUAUUAAGGUAACACAAAAGGUUCACUUUAUUUCUCGACAAAAUCGUUUUACAAAGGACUCUCGAGCACUUCAAUACAAAAUACAUCACAUAAGAUACGUAGUAAUAUCGCUAACGUAUUUAACGGAUCACUUUAUCGUUGAGUUUCUCGGCUUUUGCGCUUGGAUGUUCGUCACGGGGAAAGGAGCUUUGAUUCCAGCAAAUCCCAACAAUGGGGUUGCUAAAUGGCGAGGGAGGUAUUAUGCUUUCAGUUCUGCAGCAGCUGCUCAUCAUUUUGGAAAGGAACCAGAUAAGUACGUGAGCUUCACAAACGAAAGAAGUCUAUUGACAAGGCUGACAGAAGACGAAUUAGAAUUAAAAACUUGCCAGGAUCAAACAGUUCAAACCGAUACGCAUAUUUUACCACCGUCAAUAGAAAAUACAAAUUACAUUUGGAAUGUUUGGGAACUUAGAAGAAGAGCUCUCUCUUUGGCGAAUAUAGCAAAGUGUGCGACAAAAAGCACGCAGACUCAUAUGUCACACUUUAGAAGCGGUGCCUGCGUGCAAGCAGCACCACCAAAGGACAAGGAAGUUCAAACUAAACGAGAUAACUAUAUGAACACGAAGAAACUUCUCACUUAUAUUUUUGGAUUACGAGGAAGACGCGACAACAACCAACACGUUCUCUCUUUCCUGGAAGAGGAAUUUGAACACUUAUAAAGCGAACACUUAGACCUCCUUUUUAUUUUUAUUUCUUUUUUUCUUUUUCCUUUAUCGUAAUAAAACUUACAACAAAUCGCUGUGUAAAAGCGUCGGUGUUUUCAUACAAAACAGACAAGAAUUCGUCAUUGUGUCACCGUCAUCGUCAUUGUCAUCGUCGUCGAUUGAUCGAUUGAUUGAUUUUACAGUUUAUUCAAAAUUACAGGAUGAGAAGAAGGUACAUUAUAUUAACGUAAAAAUAAAUUUGACGAAAAAUACUUUUUUAAAAAAAAUGAAAGCAAUACUUUUUAAUGACACGUUUUUAAAUACAUUCACGGAACAGUACGUUGUCUCGAGCCAUGUUUUCUCUUAGAGAAAGAAAGAGAGAGAAAAAGAGAGAGAGAGAGAGAGAGAGAGAGAGAGAGAGAGAGAGAGAGAGAGAGA